AUGCAACUUGCGAUGGCGAAUCUACCAUAUGAGAUUCCUCACAUAGCCAAUAUUCCUCUUUGGAUUAGUGUUGAUCUGUCGACAAAAAAGCUGGAAUUUGAGCGUAAACGAAAAGGAGUUUUGGAGAGCCUCGGAUUUGUUCGUUUUGAUCCAGCACGUUUAUUAUACUUGCCACGAUACCAAGCCCAUGGAAUACAUUUUGUUUUGAGACUCACAAUUGCCCUCAACGAGUUCCCAUACAAUGCAAAUGUCGAUUGGGAUCUACCAGUAUUGCUGACCUUGGGUGAUCGAAGGCUUUAUUUACAGCAUGCCGUUAACGGCUAUACUAAAGUCUACACGUCAGUGCCGAUCAAGAAUCCUGAAUACUUCUGUGUGGCUGUGACGUUUUUCUCGAAAGAUUACCGUUUGCACUACAAGAUUUGGAGCGAUGAUUUGGAUUUAUUCUAUGAUGGUGUGCGCCCGAACAGAUGGCAUCCACGAACUACCACCUACACCUACCCGCCGGAAAUGAAAGCUGAACUAGAGCCAAUUGUCCUCGAAUACGACAAAAAAAGGGAGCUACGAUCGAACGGAUGGAAACCACUUCGGAAAAUCAAGUCGGCGAUUGAUGGCGUUGACGAGGACGUCUAUGAAAAGAUUGAUCCCUCUGAUUACGAUCAAUAC